AUGACAUCACUUGCGGUUUUUUCGUGGCUUUUCUUGAUCCCCAUUUACUCACUUUUCCUAAUUAGCAUUUGCGUCUUUGGCGUGUCUGGCCAAUGUUUUGGCAAUCAGCAGUCCUUGUUGCUGCAAUUGAAGAACAACCUUACAUUCCAUCCUUUUAUGACGUCCAACAAACUUGUUAAGUGGAAUCAAAGUGUUGAUUGCUGUUCUUGGGAAGGCGUAACCUGUCAUGAGGGACGUGUUAUUGGUCUCGACCUGAGCAGUGAAUCCAUCUCGGAUGGACUUGACGAUUCAAGCAGUCUCUUCAGUCUUCAGCAUCUCCAGAGCCUGAGUUUGGCUGACAACAACUUCAACUCUUCUCAGAUUCCAUCACAAUUUGACAAGCUGGCGAAUUUGAGUUAUCUGAAUCUAUCAUACGUUGGCUUUGCAGGGCAGAUUCCUAUUGCAAUUUCGCGUUUGACAAGGUUGGUUACUCUUGAUUUAUCUAGCAAUUAUUACACCUACGAUGAUAUUUAUGCCCCAUUGACACUUGAGAAUCCAAAUUUAAAUAUGCUCGUUCAGAACCUUUCGGAGCUUAUCGAACUUCAUCUUGAUGGUGUAGUUAUAUCAGCCCAAGGUAAGGAGUGGUGUCACGCCUUAUCAUCUUCGUUGCCAAAUCUGAGAGUGUUGAGCUUGUCACACUGCAAUCUUUCAGGCCCUAUUGAUUCAUCGUUACGGAAUCUCAAGUCCCUCUCAAUUAUUCGUUUAAAUUGGAACCACUUUUCUUCUCCAGUUCCAAUUUUUUUUACAGAUUUCAAAAACCUAACAUCUUUGGAAGUCUCCUCUUCUGGGUUGAAUGGAACAUGUCCAAAACAGAUCUUUCAAGUUCCAACGCUACAAACUCUUGACUUAUCAUACAAUGAUUUGCAAGGUUCUUUGCCAGAAUUUCCUCCAAAUGGAUCUCUUCGAACCAUGGUGCUUGGGAGAACAAAUUUUUCUGGGACAUUGCCAUAUUCUAUUGGCAAUCUUAAAAUGUUGUCAACAAUAGAUAUUCAGAAUUGUAAUUUCAACGGAUCAAUUCCAAACUCAUUGGCUAGCCUCACACAAUUGGUCUAUUUGGACAUGUCAUCGAACAUGUUUAGCGGAUCAAUUCCAGUAUUUAGCAUGGCCAAGAAUCUAACCUUGCUACACAUUUCUUACAAUAAUCUUACUGGUCAGAUUACUUCCACUCAGUGGGAAGAACUUUUGAAAUUGGAAAAUCUUUACUUGGAUGGAAAUUCACUGAAUGGGAAUAUUCCAGUUUCUCUAUUUUCCCUUCCAUCAUUGCAAUAUUUAAGUCUCUCGUCCAACCAAUUUUCUGGUCAACUCAAAGAAUUUUCCAAUGUUUCUUCUUACGUACUAAGAUGUGUUUAUUUGGGUAACAACCAGUUGGAAGGACCAAUACCCAUGUCUAUCUUUGAAUUCCGAGGUCUUGAAAUCCUAUCACUUGGUUCAAACAAAUUUAACAACUCCCUGGACCUUAGUGUGAUUUGGCCGUUAAAAAAUCUUUACUACCUUGAUCUUUCUCACAUCAACUUGUUGACUGAAUAUAAUGAUUUUAACCUUUCAUUAUCCUUUCACCUUGAUACAUUAAUUCUCGCUUCUUGCAAGUUGAAAAAAUUUCCUGCUUUCUUGAGAAACCAAUCUUUUUUAUACUUUCUAGACCUUUCAAACAACCAAAUCGAUGGAGAGCUACCAACAAGCAUUGGUCAAUCCCUUGCUUGCACCAGCUUCUUGUCCCUUUCGAGUAAUAAAUUCUACGGGAGCAUUCCUAGAACAAUAUGCAAUGCUACAGAACUUGAAAUUAUAGAUCUGUCCAAUAAUUCCUUCAGUGGCAAAAUUCCCCAAUGCUUGAUUGAAAUGAGUGGUAUACAUCUAGAGGUGCUGAAUCUAAGGAAAAACAAACUCAACAGCACAAUUCCUGAUGCAUUUCCAGAUAAUUGUGGUUUACAAACUUUAGCUCUCAAUAAAAACCAACUAGAAGGAGGGUUACCAAAAUCUUUGGCCAAUUGCUCUUGGUUGGAGGUCUUGGACAUUGGGAAUAACCACAUCGAGGAUACCUUCCCAUUUUACUUGAACCACACAUCCUUGAGGGUCCUUGUUUUGAGAUCUAACAAAUUCUACGGGCCCAUUUCUCAUCCAAAGCUUAAUUCCUCCUGGCCGAUGCUUCAAAUUGUUGACGUAGCUUCAAAUAAUUUUACUGGUAACCUUCCAGUAAUGCUUUUUUUGUCUUGCAUGGCAAUGAUUGAUCGUGCACAUGAGGCGCACUCAAGGCUCAAGUACAUCGAGAUUAGUAUUGGUGAUUUGUACUAUCAAGAUACGAUAGCAAUUACUAUCAAAGGUUUAGAGUUGGAGCUGGUGAAGAUCCUAACUAUCUUCACGAACCUUGACUUCUCUUGCAACAAGUUUGACGGUCCUAUACCUGAAGAAAUUGGAGAACUCACAUUGUUGUAUAUUCUUAACCUGUCGCACAAUACUUUAACGGGUCAAAUCCCAGCAUCUUUGGGAAAAUUGAGUAAUCUUGAGUCUUUGGACUUGUCAAACAAUAAGCUUACCGCAAUUUGCUACAUUUUCUGA